CUUUCGAGUGAUGAGGAGGGGAAAGGGAAGGAUGGGCUGAAUGAUCACGAGUUUCCUUCUUUUUUCAGCAUCACUGUCGGCCGGAUUGAGCCAUCAUUUUAUCCAUUAGUCCAUCCACGCAUUUCUUGUCUACUCGGCCUCACGAUUCAUCUUCCAAGCGCCUGUCCCCGUUCGCGACUUGCUUGACAUCGACUUAGUCGCCCAAAGUCAAGAGAAACACAAAACAAAAAAUUGAAAUUUCGUUUUCAAAAACCAAUUCUUGCUUCACUCCGCGCGCGGCACCGUUCAGCGUCUCGACUCUCGACAGUCCCUCGAUCAAUUUGAGCCUAUCUUUCCAUCUCUUCUCAAGCGCUCUCCAUCAAAGGACCACCAUACGUCCUAUUUCCAGCCACCUGGCCCAGCAACCAGAUCUCGCCAGAUCCCAGAGCGCGCGCCAUAUGAAGCAUGCCGGCCAUUGGACCUGGCUGCCACCACGCCGUUGGCCGUCAGCGACUCGGAGAAUUGCAGACCAUGCACACAAUCUGCCCCCAAGCAUCAACUAUGAGGAGCGGGGACGUGGCCGGCCAUCUCUUCUGCCUGCCUCCGAUACACUUGAGAGGGGGCUCUGCUCCGGCCCCAGUCCGUACCCGGCUGUCAUACAGCGCGCGCCUCCAGCCAGUACGACGUUGGGCCGCGGCCCGGUCGUCGACCCUCACCACCACCGUCUCCGUGUCAAGACAUCAUGGGCCGGGACACCUCUCCCAGCCUCCCAGACCCCGACUCCGUCUGCCAUCCUACUCGCCGACCUUAUUGCCCACUUCACCAUCUGCCGACUCUGAACUCCUUGUUUGUGGAUGGUCUAGAAUCAUAACUGUGGUGAUAAGCGCCAGUACAAGGCCUGUUCUAUUCGCUGGUUCAAAAGAGAUCGAAUCCUUCGCGCCUGUUUCCUGCAAGCUCCCUAGCACCUCAUUUGCCAGAUCCACGCCAGCUUGCACGCCGCAAAUAUUUGGAGUCGGUUAUUCAUCUCGCCGCCCAUGCUCAGUAUGCAGCCACACAAUCUCGUCAACUGCUGCCCUGAGGCACAUUCAACUCGUGUUGGUCCAUGCAAGCGGUGUGUUGUGUUAGUGCGUCUAUGGCGUCUUGCGAACCCUUCCGUUGGACGUCAACGAUAAACGCGACGUGGAGGAUUCAAAGAGGUUGAAUCUUGAUGUUGAGAGACCAAUUGCUUUUGAGUUGUCGCUCCCGUGUGCCUUGGGUCGUCCAUCUCAUGGCCUUCAACCUGAAGGAU